AUGGGCCGCCAACAACGCGUUCGGUGCGAUCAUCAUUACGCAAAUUCUUCCGUUUCAACCUGUUUGAUUAAUGUCACUAAUGUGGGUGAUUCGACUAUUUGUAAAUUUGCAUCUUCAAAUCUUGUUAGAGUGAAUCAACACGUGUUUCACACUCAAAAAAUUUCAGACGCUAUGAACUCUUUGUACGGUCUCGUUUCAUCGUUGUGGUCAUCGACGGCUCCUACUUCUGAAGUUGUGACCAAUAUCAUUUCAACACGUCCAGAAUACACACAAGAGAAUAUUAAAUUGGAACGAUCCAAUGUUUAUCCGAACGAAUGGGAUCAUGUUCAAUUGUGUAACUAUUUAUAUUGUUCUUCGGAGGAAGCUGAUGGUGAAAAUAAUUAUAUUCAAUUUGAUCAUGAUGCAUUAAUUGCUUGGAACAAUAUUAUUGACAAUAUAUUUGAGAAGAAAAUUAAUGCUUCUCAAUUUUUUCGAUCGGUUGGAGAUGAGGAUGCGGAAUUGGAAUUGUCACAACUCUUGGAAUGUCGUGUGGAGGAUGUACGAAAAAUUAGCGACAUGUUAUUAAGGCAGGGAACUUUAAUGGAGGGACAUGUAAAUUUUCAAUAA